ACAAAAAAAGUACAAAAAAGUCUCCGGAGAGAAACAAAAAAAGAAAAAAACAAUAUUUAAUUGUUUUAGAAAUUUGGUUUCCAGUGGAAAAAUUUACGGUGGGAGGAGGAGGUAAAGUGAGAAAAACCUAACCCUAACCCAAAUUCAACUUUGAUUAUCUAUAUUUAAUAAUAAAAUAUCAGAGUGAAAAAGAAAAAAAGAAAAAGAAAAAAAGAAAAAUGUCACAUUCACCAGGAAGAAGCUCAAACGCAAAUACAACAACACAAGCGCAGCAAUUGAAGAGGCCAAGGCCGCUGAGCCUGCCUGAUAUCUUGUACAAAGAGCAAGCGCUCAAGCAUGCUAUCUACAAGAUGCAGGUUCAGUCCCUCUCUGCUACGCCCUCUACCACCUCUCCUUCCUCUGAGGCUGACCUCUCUUCCUUCCAAUCUUUUCCCUCGACGCCCAAACCCGAUCUCGUCUCUCUCCUCUCCGAUGAACUUCUUCUUGUGAUUCUAUCUAAGCUUCCUCUCUCUCAGUAUGUCCAUAACUCCCUCGUCUGCAAGCGUUGGUUGUAUCUCCAUGGCCGUUUGGUGCGGUCGUUGAAGAUUUUGGAUUGGGGGUUUUUGGAUUCGGGUCGGGUUUUCGACCGGUUUCCUAACCUUACCGAAGUUGAUCUAGUCCAUGCGUGUAUACGGUCGCCGAGAAACUCGGGGAUUUUGGUGACCCGGAAAAUGCUGUCGAUUCACAUCGAUUCCCUUUUCACCUCCAGGGGUUUCAUUGAAGAAGGAGAUGUGUUGAGGCCGAGUGUGGUUGAUGAUGGGCUUAAAUUGCUCGCCGAGUGGUAUCCGAAUAUGCGGAGAAUCGUGGCAAUUGGGGCGAGCGAGAAUGGGUUGCUGAGUGUUGCUCGGGAUUGUCAGACAUUGCAGGAAUUGGAGCUGCAUUGUUGUGGAGACAUGGUGUUGAAGGGGAUUUCGGCUUGCAGGAAUUUGCAGAUUGUGAAAUUGAUUGGCUGCGUUGAUGGGUUUUAUAGUUCGGUGAUUUCGGAUAUAGGAUUGACGAUAUUAGCACAAGGGUGUGGGAGGUUAGUGAAGCUUGAGCUAAGUGGGUGUGAAGGAAGCUAUGAUGGGAUGAAGGCAAUUGGACAAUGUUGCCAAAUGCUUGAGGAAUUGACUCUUUGUGAUCAUCGAAUGGAUGGUGGUUGGUUGGCAGCGCUGUCAUACUGUGGGAAUUUGAAGACUUUAAGGUUUCGGUCGUGCAAGAGCAUUGAUUCGAGCCCUGGUCCGGAUGAGCAUCUGGGAUCUUGUCCUACUAUUGAGGAGUUGCAUUUGCAGCAGUGUCAAGUGCGGGAUCAGCAGGGCAUGAGAGCAUUGUUUUUAGUGUGUGAGGCUGUUAGGGAGAUAGUUCUACAGGAUUGUUGGGGAUUGGCUGAUGAUAUAUUUAGCAUCGGCAUUGUCUGUAGGAGGGUGAAACUGAUUUCUUUAGAAGGAUGCUCGCUGCUGACAACAGGAGGGUUAGAGACAGUAGUCCUUUCCUGGAAAGAGCUUCAAAGGCUUAGAGUAGUAUCUUGUAACAACAUAAAAGACAGUGAAGUUAGUCCUGCACUCUCGACCUUGUUUUCAGUUCUUAAAGAGUUAAAAUGGAGACCGGAUUCCAGAUCUCUGUUGACUUCAAAUCUUGAGGGGACUGGUAUCGGAAAGAAAGGUGGUAGGUUUUUCAAAAGAUUAAAGCCUUGAUAUUGGAUGCUGCUUCUGCUUCUUGAUCUUGAUGGAAUCACAGUGUUACAGAUAAUUUACACGGUAGCUGCCAAAUGUUUUGGUGAUAACACACAUAUGACAUAGAUAGAUUCACAUUUCAUUUCCUCUUUUUUGUUCCUCACUUUGUUGUAUGUGGGGAGCCAUUUUUCCAUGUAAUUUAAUUCCUAGCAUUGUCUAAAGGUAGAUAUGCUAAUAUAUAUGUUUAUGAGGUAGCUGUACGGACUUGCUAGGAGUAAGAAAAUAAAGCAAAAACAUUAGUAAUGGAAGGUGAACUUGUACUAAGAAUUACUUUACCACUUUAGACAGAUUAUCAGCGAAUGUUUAUUUUGGGGGGGGUAAAAAAAUUCCUGUAUAUGUUGAUGCAGAGCCGGGUAAAGGGGGAGGCCACUUGAGGCAUUUUUUCUAGCGCCCAAUUAUGGCAUAUUGCAAAAUAAUAUGAGAUUACUUGUUGGAUUUGGAAGAAAAUAUUGGUAGUUUUUAAUGAA